AGUAUGCCCAAGACUUUACUGGAGAUAGCACGUACCACAACAUCAGCGCACGUCCAAGCGACCGAAGUCAGAGGUUAUCGCGAUAAUUUGAUUUCUCUGUGCUUUCAAGUGCGUAAUUCCAUUUCGGUAAAACGGCAAAUUUUUUUGUUCUGAAAAUUUCGUGCUCCUUGUGUUUACGUGUUGAAAUAGAAAAAAAGUGUUUAAAAUUAUCCUUUAACGUGAUAGGUUAACGAAGUAUUUCGACGUUGCUAAGAAAACAUGGAACCGAAAUAUUCGCGAAGGCACAACGCGCUGAAUGUCUAUUAUGUUUACGUAUUUUGGAUGUUAUUCACAGAGCCUUUCGGAAUGUGUGCAUCGGAGGAAAAACAGAUAUACGAGCCCAAAUUAAUGCCAUCGAUCAACGAAGUGGUGCAUUUCGAAAACGAUUCAUACAUAGUCACGUGUGAUGGAGUGGGUGCUCGUGUUCGAUGGUUUUCACCCCAAAACACAUGGGUUGACCCGAUAAAUCGGGGUACCAACGUGCAUGUUGAAGAGAAAAACUUUGAGUCAGCAUUGAUUUUCGCAUCGAUAACGCUAGAAGAUAAAGGAAAUUGGACGUGCGAGGCUGAAGACAACCCACAACGGAUUGGAUUCAACAUGAUUGUGUACAAACCGAUUUCAUUUCUCGAUCCACAAAACGUACAAAGUGUUAAGGAAAACGACGAUGCGGUCAUAAAUUGCCUGGUCACUGGUGACCCAGAACCGACAAUAACCUAUUACUACAAUGGACAGCCGUUAAAUAUUGAUUCGAAGAAAUAUCGAAGUUUAGCAGAUGGUUUGCUAAUCAAAAAUGUUUCCAAGAGUGACAGCGGAGAGUAUACGUGCAAAGCAUUUCAAAUAUCAUCAGCAUUAAGUAAUGUCGAAGAAAAGACUAUUCGUUUGAAUAUUCAACAUAAGCCAAUUCUACCGGUGCGUCGUGAGAGUGCCGAUAUUCAGUACGGUUACGUUAAGGGUUCUGCUUCAUUAGCUUGCGAAGCAGAAGCACAACCGCCGGCAACGUUUCGAUGGUAUCGCAACAACAAACAUUUGGAUCCAGAGCAUUAUCAAAUCACUAGUGGUGAACAUAUCUCCAUUCUACAGAUCCAUUUGAAUAGUUCAAAAGAGUUUGGUGAUUACGUGUGUGAGGCUAACAACAGUUUAGGGACGUUGAAACGAAAUAUUCUGCUGAUCAACGGGACGAAACCAAAUGCACCACUACACAUUACGUUGCGAGGAGUAAACUCAAACACUUUUGACUUGGAUGUUGGUGCAAAAAAGAUUGGCCCACGAGAUCCGAUGGAUAUAACUGGAUAUCGAUUUGAAAUUGUCUCAACCGAAGAACAUCGUAACAACGGUGGCAAAUGGAUGAAUGCAAGGGUAGUUCUUAAGGAUUUCACCGACGGUGUAACUUAUUUAAUAAACAAUUUAUCUCCAAACACGACAUAUUUGAUCCGAGUAGCGUCGAAGAAUCCAGCGGGCUUGAGUGAUUGGAUGGGUCCAAAAGAGUUUCGAACAUAUGAGAAAGCCGGAUUGGGAACCGAUAAUCCAUCGAUGGGAAUUCGAGCCACGUCACAGAAUAUUGUGAUGAAUUUGAUUCAUCUGUUGAUACUUUACAUAGCCUGGAAUUAGAUUAGACGGUUAUUCAAUUUUUAAAUGUUUUACAUUCCAAGUAUACAUGGACAAACAAUGUUUUUUUUUGACGAUAUUGUGGAAUUGUGUCCGAACCAACACAUCGAAUAUACACAACACACACACACACAGACACGCAUAAAAUACAAUACAUUUUCUGCCUAAAUGAACUAAAACGCAGCUAUUGGAAGCAGACGAAGUUGAUCUGUUACGCUAAAGUUGCUCCACAGCAUGCAUUUCAAAUAUUCAUCAUACAAUCACAGUUUAAUGGUAUGCCUUUCACACUCAGCUCUUUAAAAACAAUUCGAAUGUUUGAGAUUUAUUGAAGAAAUAAAAACAAAGUUUUAUGGAAUUAAA